AUGUCAUCUUGGUACUCGAGGAUCCUCACCAACACCACCUCUCAGAUCUCGAACCUGCAGAGUCGAUUGUUGCAGAGCGAAAACGACGGCGACACGGAUGACGACACCCACGUCUGCAGAGUCCUGAGAGGUUACUACACAGAGAAAGGCCGGCCCUUCCCAGGCUGGCUUCCGCCCGACCCAAAGGCACCGCCCCCAGUAACUCCGGUCUAUGCUCAGCCAGCUCAGCAAGUCGGUUCGCGUUAUGGCGGUCUACAACAACCACAGCAAGCCGGCCCUACCACGGGGUUGAGUUCGCUCUGGGAUAACAACGCGGCUGCACAGCCUAGACAAGAUUCCAUGAGCCUGCGACAGGGUCGCGGAGCCCCGCCGCCGAUGCGAGGUGGAGAGCAGCAGCCCACGCGAUUGAGCCCCUUUGCACGCGCUGGCGACUCUGGACGAGAGGAGGUGCAGGCUCGGCCUCUCCCCAGCCAGCGAGCGGGUAGCUACCAACAAAGUGCGGCUUAUGGAAGAGACACGACGAGCACACCGCCGGGCAGCUCGGCAGGCGGAUCAGCACAGGAUCGACUUAAGCAGCGACUUUGGGGAGGUGCGAGGACAGCCAGUCCAGCGUCAGGGGCAGGAGGCCAAGGGCCAUUCCAACCACCGUCAGGCAGAGGAGGAGGCGGAGGCGGCGGCAGUGGUGAUUACGAGGACCGAUUUGCUCCUGGCGGGAUGUACGAUGGAGGAAAUGAUUAUGGCAGUGGUGGUGGUGGUGGCGGUGGUGGGCGACCAGGGCUGCCUAACGGGCCGCGGCGGCAAGGUCUCCCGAGCGGUCCUCGGAUGAGAUGA